CAGGCCAGCAUUACUCUCCGUGCUGUAGCACAUGGAUUUCAGGACUGCGGCUGAGGAGACAAAGACAGGAAUUUGUUUGCUACAAGAUGGUUCUCAAGAGCCCUUUGAAGUGCGAUUGCACUUAGCAAAGGACAUCUUAACAAUUCAGGAGCAAGAUGUUAUCUGUGUGUCGAGUGAAGCUUUCUAUUCCAAUGAAAGAACUGUUACAAUUAGAAGACAGACAAUUGGUGGAUUUGGGCUAAGUAUAAAGGGUGGAGCAGAGCACAAUAUUCCAGUCAUAAUAUCGAAAAUCUCAAAAGAACAAAGAGCUGAUCUAUCAGGUUUACUGUUUAUCGGAGAUGCUAUCCUUCAGAUAAAUGGAAUAAAUGUUAGAAAUUGCAAACAUGAAGAAGUGGUUCAAGUUCUGCGCAAUGCUGGAGAGGAAGUAACUCUUACAGUGUCAUUUCUAAAAAGAGCACCUGCCUUCCUGAAACUGCCACUGUAUGAAGACUGCACAUGUAUUCCCAGUGACCAGAGCAGUGGUACAUCUUCUCCACUUUGUGACAGUGGAUUACAUCUUAACUACCACCCUAACAACACAGAUUCAUUGUCAUGUUCUUCAUGGCCAACAUCCUCAGGCCUGAAGUGGGAGAAGAGAUGGUGUGAUCUGCAGCUAAUUCCUCUUCUUCAUUCUCGUCUGUCACACCAUAUUCCAGGCACUGAUAUUUCCAGGCAAAAUGCAUUUCAAGUAAUUGCUGUGGAUGGAGUGUGCAGUGGUGUCAUUCAGUGUCUCACUGCUGAAGACUGCGUAGAUUGGUUGCAAGCACUAGCAAUUAAUAUAUCCAACCUUACCAAGCACAAUAUUAAAAAGAUAAACAGAAAUUUUCCAGUAAGCCAGCAGAUAGUCUACAUGGGCUGGGUAGAAGACCGGGAACCAGACUCGCUGCAGGAUAAGCUAUAUACACCAAAGUAUCUAGCCGUGAGAGGCGCUUGCCUAUACACAUUUACAGCACCUCCAGUGACUACAUGGGAUUGGACAAAAGCUGUGAGAAGUUACACAGUUUAUGAAAUAAUGUGCAAAAUCCUUAAGGACAGUGAUCUGUGGGAUCGGCGAAAGCACUGUUUUAGUGUUCAGACAGAAAAUGGAGAGGACCUUAUCUUCAGUGUGGAAUUAGAAUAUGAACUCAUUCUCUGGGAAAAGGCCUUUCAGACAGCGACCUUCUUGGAGGUAGAAAGAAUACAGUGUAAGACCUAUGCCUGUGUGUUGGAGAGUCACCUCAUGGGAUUGACAAUAGACUUCAAUAUGGGUUUUGUGUGCUUUGAUGCUGCCUCAAAGGCUGUUCUCUGGAGAUACAAAUUUUCACAGCUGAAAGGUUCUUCAGAUGAUGGUAAAAGCAAGAUUAAAUUUUUAUUCCAGAGCAUCGACACUAAACAAAUUGAAGCAAAGGAGCUGGAAUUUUCCAACCUUUUUGCUGUACUGCACUGCAUACACUCCUUCCUUGCUGCCAAAGUUGCUUGCAUGGAUCCUCUCUAUGUUGGAAGUCAGCCUGUUGCUGGGAAGACCAAGUACAAUAACUGA